AGCAUAUCCUUUGAUUUCAUCUAUUCUAUUUUCUUCUUCUUCAAACCUUUUUUAAAAUAUUCAAAAAUAAAAAAAGAAAAUCCAAACCCAUUAUUUAAUACUGUUUGGAGUUUCAACAGAUUCCCCAUCAAUAUCAAAAUCAACUUGCCGUGCCCAUUGUUCCGUUCUCAAAACAAUAUCUUCCUUCCUCAAUAAAACCACAUCAAAGUUUGCUUCUUUUCAUCAAAACCGUUUCUGGGUCAUUGUUUUUUUGUGUUGGAAACCUUAAAGUUUGGUCCUUUUUAACAAAAACUCUUCUGGGUCAUUGUUAAUUUGUGUCUUAUAUUUCAAAGUUUGAUUUUUUUAAGGAGAUCUUUUCUGGGUCAUUAAGAUUUGUGUUGGGUUUUUUUUUGGGUUUUUUCUUGUGAUUUUAAGAAUGGCUGCUGCUACUGUUGUUGGUGUUAUUGGUGGUAAUGGAUCUUCUGUUUCAUGGAUGCAAUUUGGAAGAAAGGGAAAGAAACAAAAUAAGAUGAACAGAGUUAGGGUUUGUUGUUCUUCUUCAUCUUCUGUGACGGAUUCUUAUAAAAUGUUGAGGAUUCAACCAGGUGCUUCUGAAUCUGAAGUUAGAAAGGCUUUUAGACAACUUGCUUUGCAGUAUCAUCCAGAUGUUUGCAAAGGAAAAGAUUGUGGUGUGCAGUUUCAUCAAAUCAAUGAGGCUUAUGAUGUUGUGAUGGCAAAAUUGAGAGAACCAAAAAAGGCAAAAAAAGCAACCUUAGAUGACGAGUCAUUUAGAGGAAUGAAUGAUUCAGAUUGGGAAUAUUGGGAGGAAUGGAUGGGUUGGGAAGGAGCAUGGAUUUCUCAUAUUAAUCCUUACAUUUGAUAGUUUAUGUUAUGUAAAUUAUUAAUUAUCCUUUAAUUAAUAUGUUUAUGUGCAUUAUUAUUAUUAGGUAAAAUGGGUCUAAUCUAGACCUACUACUUGUCCCCAUCCGAAAGUGGUUGGUGCUUUGUAUAUAGUCCAUGUUGAUGUCAAGUUUUUCUCUACAUAAUUGAAGUUGAGGAGAAUAUUUGGCUUGUUAUUAUUGUUAAAAACAAAUAAAAACUAUUUCACAAACAA